UGAAAGAUAGAUUCCUCUUACAACUGAAAACGAAGAAACCAUUUUUUCCCCCUCUGCACACCAGCUCCUAUAGUUCCUUGUUCUGGUUCCCAUUAAAGGCAGGUUUCAAUAGGAAAGCUCAGUCGCAGCAAAUCACUCCCUCUGGGUAAACAGACACAACGCUUAAGUCGUCUGUAAUCGACCAUUAUAUUAAGACCAUUGAAAAUAAUUUUGAGUAUCUUCUAGAAGUAGUAGGGCAUAAAUCAUCACACGUUAAUACAGUAAUAAAAACAAGCCCUACUGUUUGAGGAAGAGUUGACUAACGCUUUCGGAAUUCCGAAACCUUCACAUGAUGACGCCUAGCAUUAUGCAGGCCGCUGACACAAACACACACUCCAUCCAGAGUCAUUAAACCGUGGCGGCCCACUCCCUUCUCGGAUCUCUUCAGAAAACGUCGAGGAAGCUGGGUGAGCGUGGCUGAGGCACUCUGCCCGCACUGUUUACAUUGUGGACCCGGCCGAACUACAACUACCAAGAUGCAUCAUGGUUCCAAAGCCUCCGUAAGGGAGGCUUCCGGUUUAGGCUAGCGCGGCUGCGCACGGGGUGUGGUCUUACUGGCUCGACCCGCCUCGUGCGAUGCGCGUCACGGCUACGCGCGGGCGCGGAGGCGGGGAGACGCGGCGGCGGCGGUCGCGGCGGCGCGAGCACAGUCCGGACGCGGUACCGCGGUGGCGGCGGCGGCGGCUCUAGCGAGCGGCCCCCUCCCUCCGCGUCCCCCUUUCCCCUCCCCGAGGCGCUGCUUCCCGAGGCGCCCGAGCCGCGCGGUGAGGCGGCGGCCAACUCGGGUGAGGGGUUGUGGCUCGAGCGCGGCUUCCCGGGCUCAGCAGAUUGCCUGGGUCGGAAGGAGGGUCAACUCACCAUCCCUUAGAAAUCCAUUCUCCCAAGAAGAAGGGACAGAAAGAAAGACCACUUUGUAAGGAAGGCUUUGGUAUCCCAUGAACGAGCCAACCGAACACCGAUUGGGGUGCACCAGGACUCCAGAGCCAGAUAUAAGGCUCAGAAAAGGGCACCAACUUGAUGAUACAAGGGGAGGUAACAAUGACAACCACCACGGAGAUUUGGAGCCCAGUUUAGAGACACCUGUUUGUUCUUCCUACUAUGAAAAUAGCCCCGAGGAACUCGAGUGUCACGAUGACAACUCCCAAGAAGAUGAAGGGUUUAUGGGCAUGUCCCCUCUCCUACAAGCCCAUCAUGCUAUGGAACGAAUGGAAGAGUUUGUUUGUAAGGUGUGGGAAGGUCGAUGGCGAGUGAUCCCUCAUGAUGUGCUGCCAGAUUGGCUUAAGGACAAUGACUUCCUUCUCCAUGGACACCGGCCUCCUAUGCCUUCUUUCCGGGCCUGUUUUAAGAGCAUCUUUAGAAUACACACAGAGACGGGCAACAUUUGGACACAUCUCCUAGGUUGUGUAUUCUUCCUGUGCCUGGGGAUCUUUUAUAUGUUUCGCCCAAAUAUAUCUUUUGUGGCCCCUCUGCAAGAGAAAGUGGUCUUCGGGUUGUUCUUCUUGGGAGCCAUUCUCUGCCUUUCCUUUUCAUGGCUCUUCCACACGGUGUACUGCCACUCAGAAGGGGUCUCCCGACUCUUCUCUAAAUUGGAUUACUCUGGUAUUGCUCUUCUGAUCAUGGGAAGUUUUGUUCCUUGGCUUUAUUAUUCUUUCUACUGUAACCCACAACCUUGCUUCAUCUACCUGAUUGUCAUCUGUGUGCUGGGCAUUGCAGCCAUUAUCGUCUCUCAGUGGGACAUGUUUGCCACCCCUCAGUAUCGGGGGGUCAGAGCAGGAGUGUUCGUGGGCUUGGGUCUGAGUGGAAUCAUCCCUACCUUGCAUUAUGUCAUCUCAGAAGGGUUCCUGAAGGCUGCCACCAUAGGGCAGAUAGGCUGGCUAAUGCUCAUGGCUAGCCUCUAUAUCACAGGAGCUGCCCUCUACGCGGCCCGUAUCCCUGAGCGCUUCUUUCCUGGCAAAUGUGACAUCUGGUUUCACUCUCAUCAGCUCUUCCACAUCUUUGUGGUUGCUGGUGCCUUUGUUCACUUCCAUGGAGUCUCAAACCUGCAGGAAUUUCGUUUCAUGAUUGGUGGGGGCUGCACUGAAGAGGAUGCGCUGUGAUACUCUCCAGGAACCAGGGACUUUGACCCUGAGCCAGGCCUGCAGCUCCCGCAGGCCUUCUUACUGGCUGUCGGUGCCAGUGCCAGAGAAGCCCCAAAACUUGGACAGCCUCACGGGCCUUGUGUUGGCCCAAGGGCUCCAUGGGGUACAAGACUAAGAAGAGAAAAAAAUAAAUCAUACCUCAAAGGAUGGAGCGCAUCAAUUUGGAGAAAAGGAGAAAUGCUCAUCCCUGGCCUCCUCUUGGGAUCUACUGAUUGACAGCAAUUCGGCAAGACCUGCCUGACAGACUGGCUCCUGAUGUGACCGUAUUUAUGUGUAGAAGAUGGGGAAACAGUUUAGUUGGUGGUUCUUUCUUCUCCCUUUCUUGCUCCUUAAAGCACGUAUGAGUACCAUGCGCCAACUGAUUGCCAUGUGCCAUUGGAGCUCCUUAAAACAAUAAUCAAAACCAAUUUAGGUGAACAUUUAUAUCCAAUAAAGGGGUGGGAGUGUGGUUUUAGGCACUCCUUUGGGAGAACAAAGAAAUUAAUGUAAAUAAGAUUUCUAAUUUACUGUUUAAAUAAGAAUUUAUAUAAACAUUUAAGACAUGGGGGCAGGGAGGGAGGGAGACUUUUUUAAAAGAAUGAGACAUGCAAGUACCACACACUGUUUCAAUUUUGCACAAGUGAAGGGAGGAGGACAGAGUGGCAGCCCCAGAAUGCACGAUGUCUUGGUGCACCAAGGUGCCUUCCCUAGGCCGGUAACACUUGGAGCCUGCUGGGGCAGAGUGUACAGCCCCAGCCUGGGAGUUCCCUGGCCACUCUCAAGACCGAGAGCCUUUGGGCAUUCAGAGGGGGAGGGAUGAGGGAGGAAGUGGUAUGUGCUUUCUCAGUGGAAGCAGCACAGGUUGUCAUAAUGGCUCUAAGAGAAAGUGUCAUUUGAGAGACUGUUACGUAGGCUAGUAAUGACCCUUCUGAAGAGUGAAGCCACCUAGUUCUACCUUAGGUGUAGUAGAGUUGAUGAAGGGGAGGAGGACCUGGGAGCGUCAGCCUAGGGCUUGCCUGCUUCUUCCUGGUGUCUCGUUUAGCCAGGUGGUAGUUCUUACCUGAAUUAGAGGUAUCGGCCAUUUCCCAGACCCUCUCGGUGGAGCCCUGAGCCAUUCUGCAAACUUUGCUCUAUUGAGAAUCCCUGCUCUAAAUGUCCUCCUUCCUCCUGGAAAUAAAAAACUGCCCAGCGGUAGAGCACUUGCCUAGCAAGCGCAAGGCCCUGGGUUCGGUCCCCAGCUCCGAAAAAAAGAAAAAAAAAAACAAACAAAAAAAAACCUGCCCUAUCCCCCUCUUGGGGUCAGAGCUCCUGGCAUGGAGCCCGGCCACUAGUGAGAUUCUGAUGAACAUGGGUCCCACCGGAAGUCAUAUGGGCAGGUGUGGGGAACCAUCCCCUGGGAUCAGGAAUGAUGGCGUUUCUCUCUGGUGCCGUCUCGGUCAGCUUGGCGUGACAGAGCAGGUUCUUCUCCUUGGAUGAGAAAGUAACACCUACUGUGGGAUUGUUAGUGCUCACUGAAUGCCGUUCGCAAGAAGUGUGCUACAGAGCGGGAAAGGAAGUGGUAUGUUAUUGCCAGGUAGUCUGAUAGAGUUAAACCCACAAUUUUGAAUUGCUGCUAGAAGUUACAGAUAAUUUCUCUGUCCUAGGGCCAUCAUGUUAUGGGUUUUAGAGAGUAGCAACGAGUUGGGUCUUGGCUCCUAAGUGAGACACCAAGCUCCUGAGUCUCUUAGACUCUGGGUAUCACUCCCUGGGGCUGGUGGAUAUUGCAGUGUAACGUGGGGCCUCGGGCAUCUCCAGAGGGGUGCUUGGUAAUAUGAGGAGGUCCUGUUUAUUAUCCAGUAGUAUUUUCUUGGUCAUUGCUGUCCUUCCUUUACCCUCAGAUCCCUACCCAGCUGCAGCUGGGAUUCCAGGAAGGAGGAGGCCAUUGUAAACCUGGGAAGAACCUCAGAGUAUUUUGGUUGUGGAUAAGGUCACUGCCCUAGAUAGAUCAAACAGAAAGCUCUGGGUGAACAGCAUUGUGCCAGACAGAACUAAGAACAGUGUUAAUUCCUCAAGAAGCAGUUGGACAAGACAAUGUCCAUCCGGAAGGAAGCUCACCUAGGUUUGUGGGAAUAACAGCACAUAUCAGAAGCCAGACAUACUCUUUGGUCACGUACUUUGGGACAGGAGCAUGAAAUGCUUCCUCAUGACACCUACAGAAGUAGAGGUCUUUGGGUCUAGUCAUUCCUCUUCCCAAAGCAGGGAGACUCUGGUUCAACAUAGCACAAACUCUUAGGGAACAGAAUCACCACCACCGUGUAGUCUGAUAACUUUCCUUCUGGGUAUGCGUGUGUGGGCAUGCGUGUGCCCUGUGUGUCUGCGCAGCUCACUACCAACAGCCUCCAUGUGCACUUGACCUUGUGGUGCCUCCGGGAACUCGCCAGGCUGGCACCUGAAUGCCUUACUCUCAGCAGUCUGAGGCUAGCUUGCUCUGCGCACACCUUUUGUUUCUUAUUUUUGGCCCUAGGCUGGUUAGGAACCUGUACACCUUCACUCCUUCAUUAUUAAAUAGUGGCCUUUCUCAGUAUUUCCUCUCCCCUUUGUAAGUUGCUGAAAUCACAAGCACACUUUUGGGGAUCAUAGAAGGUUGGGGUUCCAGAAAGGCAUCUAUGUGAUGGUUCCAUUCACUAUGGGGAUUUCCCUACUCGCUGUCUUCUCGAUUUCUCUAAUAAAAAGAGCCAAAUGGAAAA